AGUCAACCACGAGUGAACCACAAAGUCACGCUCUGAAAGUGCUGAACUGCUGAAAGUAAUGAACUGCUGAAGCUGAAGGCAGUAGCUGAGAACUGAGAAAUCUUGAUUUUUCCUUAUGUCAAGAUAAGGCCAUAUUAUCCAGAGAAUAAAGAUUAGAUCAAGUGUCACCAAAAAUCUGUCACAUCCCCUGGGGCCUGGAUCAUGUCAGAAGAAUCUGAGGAAUUGUCUUCAGCUGUGAAAAAGCAAAUUCAAAGAAACAGGGAAAAGGCCAUAAUUUUGAAAAGAAGUAAACUUGUGUCUCAUCCAUAUUCAAAAGGGGCUGUUUAUUCUGAGGAUACCACCACAAUCAAAAUUGGAGCAACAAAAUUCAAAGACACAGGAGGAGGUUUCUUGCUUGAGGAAAUGCCAGAUGAGCAAGAAUUCGAAAACAUUGUGAAGGAACUUGAUGCCCCAACCCCAAUCAUUGAGUAUGACAGACCAUUCUGUGAAACCUGUGAGAAACCAUUUGCCACUUCUUGGUUAUUUGAUAAUUUUGAAUUCAAAUGCUGUGAUUUGUGCAAGGAUCCAGAAAUGCACAAGUUGAUCACAAAAACAGAGGCCAAGGAUUCAUAUUUACUGAAGGAUUGUGAUUUAGAUAAAAGGGAGCCUAUUUUGAAGUUCAUCAAACAAAAAAAUCCACAUAAUUCUCACUGGGGAGAUAUGAAAUUGUACCUGAGACUUCAAGUGGAGAAAAGGGCUUUGGAAGUGUGGGGUAGUGAAGAGAAGAUAGAGGAGGAACGAACACUCAGAGAAGAAAAAAAAGUUAUGGCUAAAUCAAAGAAGUAUGAGAAACAUCUGAAAGAACUUAGAAAAGGCAUGCGCAGUAGUCUGUAUGAUCGUACCACAGCAGGGCCUCACGUUCAUAAUUUUGGACCUGAAACAUAUGAUGAAGAAGAAGAUGAAUAUCACAGAAAGUGCACAACUUGCCCUUAUGAAGAAACUUUUGAGAAGAUGUAAGGAGCAAAGAAGAGGUAUCUCUAUCAAAUAUGAAUACCUAUAAUUUUUUAAUCUCAGGAAUUUUUUGGAUGUUUUUUGUUGUACAGAACCAGUAUACCUCUUAUAAAAUAAGUAUUUUGUAAUUUUACCAAUUUUUCAUUUUAUUUUUGCUAAUAAAUGAUUUUAUC